CCCCCCCCUCUCUCUCUCUCUCUCUAAAACCUCAGCUGAGAGGAAAAGCAAGAAAAAGCGGACUCUCUCGGAAGAAAAGGCAGGCAAGCCAAAGCUCACCUCCAGGAGAGAGAAAGAGAGAGAGAGAGAGAGUGCGUUGUCGCAUCCGCCAUUCCCACGUGGUGCUGCUUCUUCUUCUUCCUCCUCCUGCUCCGCUCCCCCACCCCCGCCACUGUUCUUCGACCCCUUCCUCCCCCAGUCAACAGCUCAAUUGACCCUCUCCCCGCAAAACCCUCCAACCCCAUCUCCACAAUUUCCCCGACCAUGGAUUCCCCAAACCCGCCCGGCGACCAGGUCCCCACCUCCCCAAACCCUCCCGAUGACGGCGGCGGUGGCAGCGCUGGAGGACGUGAAGCCAACGGGGAAUCAUCGGCCGCCGUCCCUGAUAUCCCCCAGCAGAACCCGGCGGAGGAAGAUGGGUCCGGUCACGCCCAGGAGCGGGAUUCGGAUUCCCGCGUUGCUGACGUGGCGGAAAGAGACGGCGGCGGUGCUGAAACCAAGGCGGCUAGGGCUUCUUCGGAGAAGAUUAGGAGGAAGAGGGGCCGAGCGUCUAGGGCUUCUUCGGAUAAGGCGAAAUCGGUCGCAAAUCCGGCGCGGAAAAGGGAGAAGAAGGAUGAGGACGACGUGUGCUUUGUCUGCUUCGAUGGUGGCGAGCUCGUGGUCUGUGAUCGCCGGGGUUGCCCCAAGGCGUAUCAUCCGACUUGUGUUAAAAGGAGUCAGUCAUUCUUCCGUUCAAAGGCUAAGUGGAACUGCGGGUGGCACAUUUGUACUUCCUGUCAGAAAACCGCCCAUUAUAUGUGUUACACUUGCCCACAUUCUUUGUGCAAGACGUGCUAUAGGAAUGCUGAUUUUGUAUGCAUCCGAGAAACCAAAGGGUUAUGUGCAACGUGUAGGGGGACUAUAAUGCUCAUUGAAAAUGUCAAGGGAGGAAGUAAGGAAACGGUUCAAGUGGAUUUUGAUGACAAAACUAGCUGGGAGUACCUUUUUAAGGUGUAUUGGACUGAUUUAAAAGAAAAGCUAUCUUUAACAGUAGACGAGAUCACUCGAGCUAGGAAACCUCGAAAAGAGAGAAAAAGCAAGAGCAGACGAAUCAUUGAGAAGUUACCCAAUGGGUAUGCUAAGUUGGGUAGUCAGCAGCGAUCAUAUCUCUGUGAGAGAACAGGGUGGGCUUCUAAGGAGCUGCUUGAAUUUGUUGGGUAUAUGAAGGAAGGUGACACAUCUGCACUGUCUCGGUUUGAGGUGCAAGCUCUCUUGUUAGAAUAUGUAAAUAGGAACAAUCUUCGUGACCCAAAUCAGAAAUGGCAAAUAUCCUGUGACAUGAGGCUUGUGAAGCUGUUUGGAAAAGCUAGUGUGGAUCACUUUGAAAUGCUAAAGCUUCUUGAUUCCCAUUUCCAUGUUAAAGAAAAUCUCCAGUUAGAUGGAACAGCUCAAGGAACAGGUAUUGAUGCGGUUGGUGGGCAAAUGGACAUUGAUUUGAACAAAGAUGAGCAGCCUGUGGUGGAUAAUGAUAAGAAGAUUGAAAAUUCUGGGAAGUCGGAUGAGAAGGAUGUCCAUGUUGACCAAGAUGAUUUCGAAGGGAUGGAUUAUCAGAGGAUAAGAUCGAUCUAUCUGCGGCGAAAUUUGAUAGAGAAUCUGAUUGAUGAUCUUGAACAAUUUCAGAGGAAGGUCGUUGGAUCAAUUGUCAGAAUCAGAGUUUCUGGCAAAGAUGAAAAGCAAGAGAUGCAUAGACUAGUUCAAGUUGUAGGCACAAGCAAGACAAGUGAACUGUACAAGUUUGGUGAUAGAUCCACGAAUGUCAAACUUGAAAUACUAAACUUUGAUAGGAAAGAAGUCAUAUCAAUUGAUGAGAUCACAGAUCAUGACUUCUCCGAGGAGGAGUGCAGGCAGUUUACCCAGAGUAUCAGAUGUGGACAAGUCAAAGGGUUUAGGAAGGGAGAAAAUCAGCAGAAAGCUCUCUCAGUCAAAGCGGAGCAAGUUAUUGAUGAAUCUUCCUAUCAGCUGCCUGUGAUAGUGAAUAAAACCAGCCCUGACCAGGGAAUAGAAGUUUCUGGAAUUAACAGUUGGAAUACCGCAAAGAAUCAUGCCGAUGCCAUAAGUUCUGUGACGCGUGAAGCUCUUUCAGGAGCUGCUUCUGAAAUUUCACCUUCGCCUCUUUCAACCGGAACAGAGCAGUCUGUCAAUGAUGAUGAGACAUACAAAAUGUGGCACUACCAGGACUCAAAUGGAAAGAUCCAAGGGCCCUUCACUAUGGUUCAGAUGCGGAAAUGGAGGACAGUGGGUCAGUUCCCUCAUGAUCAGAGGAUUUGGAGGAACGAUGAGAAGCAAGAGGACUCUAUUCUCCUGACCGAUGCUUUGGACGGCAAUUUUCUUAAAGAUGCCCCAUCCCUGCAUUCACGGGAGGAGGAAAGGCUCGCCUCUGACGAUCGGGACAGUAACUUGGACGGGGUAUCCAGCAUUAGCGUGAACACUGGCAAUAACAGCAUGAGGAGUGAAUUGGGUUCCCCUUUCUUGAGUCAUACUGUUAAAAGUGAAAGAGAGAGCAUUAAAAAAGCAUGCAGAUAUUUUCCGAGACAGUUUGUUGGUCCCAGUAAGACAGUGUUGGGUCCCAUCAGUGGAAGUCAGGGAUUUAAUAGUAGCAAUGGGAUCUCGAGCCAUCAACAGAUAGGUGUGGCUCAAACUCAUGGUGGGUCUACCGGCAAGAGGGAAUAUGACGGUGACGGCUAUUCUUCGACUCAGUCGAGUGGACAAAAUUGGAAGGCACCUUCUCCUGUAGUUUGUUCCUCCAUUGAUAACCCACCGGGGUCUUUAGUUAAUUCACUCCUUGCGACUCCACAGCAGAGCAACGGAUCUGAGAUCGCUUUCUCUGGUCUUCCUGGGCCUGCUCAGAAGCCUGUCUUUGAAAAUUUCAGAUCUCCAAACAAUUCUGUUGAAGACUCGGGUCCCAGCUGGAGUAGUGCCUCUAGUUUAGUCAAUGGUGCAUCGACUAUCCACAGAGCCGUAAAUGGUGCAUGGGAUUCCAAUCUUGUUCCUGCUUCUUCUCAAAAACCGACUGAAACAUAUGCUAUUGAUGGUUCUACUCUGACCUUGGGAAAUGGCCAGUUAAUGCCUCCUUCCACAGUGCCGCCUCCUUUCAGUUGGCAGGCAAUGGUAAUUGAACCUGCUGAGUUCACAUCCUUGCCUGAGGAAUCAGUAUCUGAUCUGAUCGCAGAACUUGAAGCGUCAGAGCCUCUUAAUACCAGCUUCCCUUCGCCAAGUCCAAAGUGUUCCGACGGGUCGAGAGGAGGCAUCAGAAAUGACUGUUUCAGUCCGGAGGCGAGUUUCUUCUCAGUAUCUCAGCUCGGAAGGGUUGAUUCAUUUAGCUCCUCGCGCAACUUUCCAAUCCUGUCUCCUAGUGCAGUCACGAAUGAACCAGCCGGAUCUUUCUAUUUCAAUUCCCCUCAAAACUUGCACAAGGCGAUUUCGCAGGAGAAUUCUUCCACAAUGAGUCAUGGAUAUAGGAAUGGGUAUCCCGAACAUGGACACGUUAGUUGGGUCAGCACAGGAGAGAGGAAUCCCGAGAUGUGGGAAAAGCAGCAGCAGCAGCAGCAGCAGAUUAGUCCUUACUGGGGCGGGAAUAGGAGCUCUAAUCCUAGAGAUCAGUUCUUUGGUGGAUUAAACUUGGAUCUCAGUAGAGGUAGGUCCAUAUGGGAUAGGCAAUAAAAUAGGUAAACGUGAGCACGAGAUCAAAGGAAUCUCAUCUCGGGAAGCCAUUUGGUUUGGUGAUCAGGGAACUUUCUAUGUACAUUUUGCAGAAUCGGGUGUCGGAAAGGAAGAUAGUGCUAGCAAUUGGGUCCCGGUAGUCAAUUUGCACCUGGAUACGGUCGUGAAUUCCACAAGAAAUAAUUUGUGGUGGAUUAAUUUUUGUAACCAUUCUUUGUACAAGGACUGAAUUAGAUUCUGUCAGAUAAAAUAUGGACCUUUGUGUGAAGUGUCCUGUAAGUGGUGAUAUGAAUAGAGAUGUAACUCAACUUUUAUGUAAUAUCUCAUCAUUUAUUACUUACGGGGUUUGUUUGAAUUGUUGAA